CGAAUUGAAGAAAUUGAGACUUCAGUUUCCAGUGCAGGAAAGGAGCCAUUGACACAUUCGUUCAUCCUUGUGAAAUCUGAAGUUGACUCACAUUACCUGGUACAGGGUAUUUUACUGUAUGUAGCUUUGCAAGAGGACCUAACACGUGUUGGCUUCCAUAAGAAUUAGAUUGACAUUGGCCGACACGUUCUGUGGGAGAGUAUUGCGUUCUAGCUUUGGAUGAGUCAACAACUAAUUUGGAUUAAUUUAAUUCUAGAAAGUUGGCAGCGGCUUCUCGUUUGGACGCGAUCGGAAUUCCAACGGAGUUUCCAAUUAAUUGUGAUAACUUACAAUGAAAAAUUUAUAGCGAGACUUUCGAGGGCAAACGUUUUCCAAGGAUUUUACAAACUUACUAGGGGCGUUAAUAGCAAAUAUACUAUUCAAUACCAUGACAGAGACGGCAUGUCUAUCGAGGGACCUUCUGCGCACGAGGACACGGAAAAUUACAUCGACAGUGAUGAUGACGAUGAUGACGUAGAUUUGGAUUAAAUUGCUGUAGCGUGAA